UGCAAACCUACUAUACCCAAUAUUCCUCUAAGCUCUGCAUCAAUGGCAACGAGCUUGAACUCACAUUUCAGCCUCGAAACUUCAGAAUCCAAAGCUAUUCAUUUUCCUAACUGGUAUUCACCGGAAACUGGAAUCUAUUCCAGUAAGCAUCCCUCUAUAUCUCUCCCCACUGAUCCAUUUCUUGAUAUUGUUUCCUUCCUUUUCUCUCACCAGCACGACGGGGUCACUGCUUUGAUCGAUCCCUCGUCUGGGUUUUCAAUACCUUAUUCAAAGGUUUUACCUUUAGUCCAAUCCAUGGCCUCUGGCCUCCACCACCUGGGUGUUUCUCAAGGUGAUGUGGUCUUGCUUCUGUUGCCAAAUUCUGUUUACUUUCCCAUUAUUUUCUUGAGCGUUUUAUAUUUAGGUGCUGUUGUUAGCACCAUGAAUCCGCUAAGUAGCAUGUUUGAGAUCGAGAAACAGAUUUCCCAUUGUAGUGUGCGUUUUGCUUUCACUUCGCUUGAAAAGAGUGAGCAACUUCAGAACUUGGGUGUUCAUGCAAUUGGGGUACCGGAAAACAUUGACUUGGAUUCAGAAAGUAUUGGUUUUUCCCCUUUCCAUAAGCUUAUCGGGUGUCGAUUCGGUAAGGCGUCGAGGCCGGUGAUCAGGCAGCAAGACACAGCUGCAAUAAUGUAUUCAUCGGGUACUACAGGUGUUAGUAAGGGAGUUGUUUUGACGCAUGGGAACUUAAUAGCAAUGGUUGAGCUAUUUGUAAAAUUUGAGGCUUCACAGUACAAGUAUCCAAGUUCAAAGAACGUUUAUUUGGCUGUAGUACCUAUGUUCCAUAUCUAUGGCUUAUCACUCUUUGUGGUUGGACUGUUAUCUUUGGGUACUACCAUCGUUAUUAUGCGGAGAUUCGAUGCUGGUGAAGCGAUGAAACUGGUCGAUGACUACGGAGUUACUCACUUUCCAGUUGUUCCACCUAUGCUGGCAACAUUGACAAUGAGAGCCAAAGGUGCCUGUGAACAUAGCCUCAGGAGUUUGAAACAGAUUUGCUGCGGUGCUGCUCCGACGAGCAGGAAAAUCAUAGAUGACUUCCUUCAGGUUCUUCCUCACGUUGAUUUCAUUCAGGGUUAUGGCAUGACUGAAACAACUGCUGUAGGAACUCGUGGCUACAACACACAACAAUUUCAUAAAUAUUCGUCAAUAGGACUGUUGGCACCAAAUAUGGAAGCUAAAGUGAUGGAUUGGAACUCUGGCUCUACACUGCCUCCGGGAUGUUACGGCGAGCUUUGGCUAAGAGGACCUGCAAUUAUGCAACGAUACUUGAAUAAUGUUGAGGCCACCGCGAUGACAAUCGACAAAGACGGUUGGCUACGUACCGGUGACAUAGUUUGUUUCGAUGAAGAUGGGUAUUUGUAUUUGUCCGACCGGUUAAAAGAGAUCAUAAAGUACAAUGGCUAUCAGAUAGCCCCUGCUGAUUUAGAGGCAAUAUUGAUUUCCCAUCCUGAGAUACUUGAUGCUGCUGUAACUGCGGAGAACGACGACGUAUUUGGGGAGAUUCCGGUGGCAUUUGUGGUGAGGAGACAUGGUAUCCCACUGACCGAGGAAGCUGUGAAGGACUUCGUGGCUAAGCAGGUUGCACCUUACAAGAAAAUAAGAAAGGUGGUGUUUACAAGUUCAAUACCAAAGUCUGCUGCAGGCAAGAUCCUCCGAAGAGAGCUUAGAAAGUUGUUAAAUUGUAGACUUUAAGAUCUUUGUUCCUGCCCUUUAAAACCAAAUUAUCUGAAUCAAAUUGCCUGUCUAGUCUAC